ACAAGUUAGUAUCGCAAUAACAGUCUCCGGAGUCCGGAGAAAUCUUGACAUAUUUCUGUUCUCGUUAAGUCUAAGGCGGUGUCUAACAAUUAAUUUGUAUUUUAACUGAAAUAAAAAAAAAAUAACGAUAUUUUUUUAUAUCAAUAAAUUUCAUUAGGAAACAAAUAAUGUGCAACUUAACUUGAAGAUUGACUAUCUGUUCUUGAAAGUGAUAUUUAAAGUGCGAAAAAAUCGCAGUUUCGUUUGGCAAGAUCGAUUCCAUUCCAAAAAGAGUAUUUUUAAAGUAACAGAAACAGAAAAAUGCCUUGCUCCGCAGUAACUCUAUCGAUAGCUACGAUAUCCGCCAUCAUUGCUAGUGCCCUGUUGGCGAUCGCAUUCUCAACAGAUAAUUGGUUAUUUUAUGAAGUAAAACGAAGUAAUAUUCAGGCGUUUGCUGGAAAGCAUCCAACAGACUCAGAGGCACUGCUUACUAGUAUGAAUACAAAAUACUACUACUAUACGAGAACAAGAGGAUUAUUCAGAGUAUGUUAUCCAAAGGAAAGACCACCAACCUCUGCAGUCCCAACAUACUUAUCGCCUGUUGAAACCCACUGCUCGAAUGUUGAUUAUUUCCCAAACAGUGAUGAAGAAAAAUCACGAAAUGAUGACGCUACUUCAAGAUUAAAUUUGCUGCGGUCUUGUGUAGCUUUGUUAAUCAUAAGCUUCAUCACUAUAUUUUGUGCGUUUUGGACUGGUCUAUCUGGGUGCUGGAAACGAUCAGCGGGUGCAAUCACAGCUACCGCAAUUUUACUUUUGGCAGCAUGUCUUUUAGCUGCUGGUGCCAUGGGCUUAUGGCAUACUGUUGAAUUCUUUGAAAAGGAGAAAGUCGUUGGUGAAGAUUACUAUCAACAGUGGAACACGGUUCUUAAGGACAAUACAAAAGUUUCAUACGACUGGUCAUAUGUUGUUGCAUGGGCUGGUGUAGGAUCAUGUUUGUUGGCUGCAAUUCUUCUUUCUGGUGCUGCCAUAUGUUUAAAGAGUGAACGCGAAAAGGAGGAACAACUGAAUUUACAAUAUUUGAUGCCAGUGUAUUCCCAAAAGCAGCCUCCUUACCCACCAUAUGCAGGCUAUCCCCAGCCUCAAAUUUACCCCGCUCCUUAUUAUCAUGGAUCACAAUAUGGACCUUACAACUAUUAAAAAAUAACCGAAAAUGGAGAGUAACUUAUCUGGACUUUUAUUAUCAUUUAAUUACGAAUUAUUAUUGAAAUUUUAACGAACAAAUACCAAGAACAGUGCAAAUAUGCAAUUCAGUUUUUAUUACAUGUAUUGGAUUUUGAUUUUAUCCAUUAAAAUAAACAGCAAAUUAACUUAACAAAAAAACAAUAUUCAACAUUCGAUUUCGAAUAAUAACUAUAAAUUGGAGUUAAGAGUGUACAGAAUUUGAAAUUAAUGAUAAUUUAAAAUAUCAUCAUAUAGUAUCAGUCAUCAAUCAAAAUAAUGUCAAGUAUUUUAUAAGAAACUUUAUUUUACAACGAAUUAAAUAUUUCACAUCGAUGCGUGUGUUCAUAAAAUAUAUUUUUUAUGUAUAGAUUCUAAGUAAAAAAACUAAGAUAUUAAUCCAUUAUAUUUCAAGUAGUCAAUUUAUUAUAUCAUUGAUUGUAUACAAAGUCACAAACUUGAAAAUUUUUAAAAACACUUUUGAAAUAUGCACUUUUCAAAAAAAUGAACAUAUUGUUUGUUAAGAAAAAAAAUAAAAUCGACCGAAGUUAUAGAAUAAUUUUAAAUCAAAAGUAAAUAAGUCAUGUACACGUCUUCCGAGAUAAAAAAGGUUCUUAAAUCUAGCGUAUAAUUAUUUGUAUUGUUUUAUAAUCUUUCCAUAUGUACAACAUUCGCAUAAUCUUCUUCAACAUUUGCAUCUUAUAUUCGCAUAGGUAUAUAUGGUUUUCAACUUUAUUGUAAUUUGAUUUCAAGAAGCUUAAAAUUGUACCUUCCUAAGUUACUUCUUUAUUCAAACCAAUUGAUAAUGUUUUUUAAUCAUUUGUCAGAUUUGUGGACUUCUAAUAAAAUUGUAUUUUGAUCCGUAUUGUAACGAUGAUCAUGAUACUAAUAAAAUCAUCACAGUACUAUAUAUAUCACAUAACUACUUCUAAGUUAAACAAAAAUAGGUGGUAUUUAUGCAUUAUUCAUACAAACAACAUUAAAUGACAUGAAUACUACUAAAAAGUUAAUUUUUUAAAUAAUAAAUUGUCACGUCAUUUAUAAUUUAUCGAAAUUUAAAUUACUUUUUUUGCAACCCAAUUUUCCCUGUUCAGAUAUUUGACAGUGUAAGCGCGCACUUUUAACAGUAGAUUAUCUUUAAUCUAUGUUAAAUUCAACUGGUAAAUAGUCGAAUAUAUUCGAGUCAUGGAAUUUGUUGUUAAAAUUUUAUCACGGAAAAGAAAAGGAUAUAAGCUAUCGAAAAUGAACAUUUAUGAUAAGAUGAUUUGAUUACCUAUGAAAAUAUGUAUUUGCCUUAGAUUGAAAAUAUGUGUGUUCUUUAUAUGGCUCGUUUUAUUUUUGCUUACUUCUACACAAGGAAUCACUUUUAUACAUAUAGCAAUAUUGUGCAUAAAUAGCUAUUAAAAUUAUUAUAAAUGUAAAUAUUUUGUAAUUUUUAAAUAAAAAUAUUAUUUAAGUACAA